AUGGCAGCGUCUCUGCCUCACUCCCCGCUGGGCUGCCGCGCCCCAGCCCUGUCCCGCCGGGAACGGGGGCCCUGCCCGCCGGGCUCCUGCCCUGCCCGCCUGGAUUCCUGCGCCUUCUCUGCACCCACCUGUCCCGCCGGGAUCAGGUGUCGUGUGUUGUUGGUGUGUAGGGGGCUGGUCUCUUCAGCUCACAGACCUCGUGAGGACAGCUGGUUAAAAUCGCUCUUUGUUCGCAAAGUCGAUCCAAGGAAAGAUGCUCACUCCAACCUUCUAGCCAAAAGAGAGACCAGCAGUCUGUAUAAACUACAGAUUCACAAUGUAAAACCAGAAUGUCUAGACGCCUACAACAAGCUUUGUCAAGAGGUGCUGCCAAAGAUUCAUGAAGAAAAACACUACCCAUGUGCACUGGUGGGGACUUGGAACACGUGGUACGGAGAGCAAGAUCAGGCUGUUCACUUGUGGAGAUAUGAGGGGGGUUAUCCAGCUCUCAAUGAGGUCAUGAGUAAACUCCGUCAGAACAAGGAGUUCACGGAGUUUCGCAAGGAAAGAGGGAACAUGCUUCUCUCCCGCAAGAACCAGCUGCUGUUGGAGUUUAGUUUCUGGAAUGAACCUGUUCCCAGAGCGGGUCCUAAUAUUUAUGAACUGAGAUCCUAUCAACUUAGACCUGGAACAAUGAUUGAGUGGGGAAAUUACUGGGCUCGUGCAAUUCGUUUCCGACAGGAUAGUAAUGAAGCAGUUGGAGGAUUUUUCUCCCAAAUUGGACAGCUGUAUAUGGUUCAUCACCUCUGGGCUUACAAAGAUCUCCAGACCAGAGAAGAUAUAAGGAAUGCUGCCUGGAAUAAACCUGGCUGGGAUGAACUAGUCUAUUACACAGUGCCCCUUAUUCAGGAAAUGGAGUCCAGAAUCAUGAUACCGUUGAAGAUUUCUCCACUUCAGUAAAGUCACUGAUUUACUUGUGCCUACAUAGAUAAAGUGACAAGUAUUUGUCUUAAAUUAAUUUAUGGUAUACGUUGUAUAUCAUAGUCUGAAAUAUAAAAGUACUGUAUUCAGCUUAUAAAAGAGACCUCUUUUCUUCAGAAUCUAAUGACCUUUUGCUUUUAGGAUUGUACUUGGAAAAAAAGAAAUGUAGGACUGUAAUUAAACGGUUGGUUAAUUGAGAACA